UUUGGAUUUUUAUCCGAUUUUGGUUAAUGAAUUUAAUUGUGAAUUAAUUUAAAGUUUACAUUAAUUAAUUUCUUUUUUAUUUUCUAAUUGUUUCACUUUAAUUAACGAGAAAGUGAUUGUAGUGAUUGGCUAAUAAUGUCCGCUCGAACAUCUUCACAACCUUUGCCUGCAAAGGAAAACGCCUUAUUUAAAAAGAUAUUAAAAUGUUAUGAACAUAAACAGUAUAAGAAUGGAUUAAAAUUUGCCAAACAAAUUCUUUCAAAUCCUAAAUUUUCAGAACAUGGAGAGACACUUUCCAUGAAAGGAUUAACCUUGAAUUGCUUAGGACGAAAAGAGGAAGCUUACGAAUAUGUGAGACGAGGAUUGAGAAAUGAUCUUAAAUCUCACGUUUGCUGGCAUGUUUAUGGUCUUCUUCAAAGAAGUGAUCAUAAAUACGAUGAAGCGAUUAAAUGCUAUCGAAAUGCAUUGAAAUGGGAUAAAGACAAUAUCCAAAUCCUUCGAGAUCUUAGUCUAUUACAAGUUCAGAUGAGAGAUUUGGAAGGUUAUCGAGACACUCGAUCACAAUUGUUGCACCUUCGACCAACCCAGAGAGCAUCUUGGAUUGGAUACGCUAUGGCUUACCAUCUAUUGGGCGAUUAUGAGAUAGCUGCAAACAUCUUGGAAGAAUUUAGAAAGACAACAUCCAAUGCUCAGAAUAAAGGAGUUCAUAGAACCAAUAACUCUAAAAGUACUACCAUUGAUUACGAACAAUCUGAAUUAAUACUUUACCAAGUUAUGGUCUAUAAAGAAGGAGGAUGUUAUGAAGAUGCAUUGGAACAUUUAACCAAAUAUGGAGAAAGUGAAGUGUGUGAUAAACUAGCCGUCCAUGAGUAUAGAGCUGAACUACUUCUUAAAUUGAAGAAAAAUACGGAAGCUGCUAAGGUGUUGAGAGAAAAUUUGAUUGCCCGUAAUCCAGAAAAUACCAGUUAUUAUAAGCAAUUAGAAGUUGCAUUGGGAUUAAGUGAAUUUGGCGAUGCGAAUAAUAAUAAAGAUAACAACAAUUCUAAUAAUAGUGGAGACGUUAUUGAGAAAGAAAACCUUAGAAAUAAUGGUAAAACUGGUGGAAAUGUUUCUAUGGACGAUUUCGAGGAUGCCAAAUUAAAGCUUUACAAAGAGUUUCAACAAUUGUAUCCCAAAGCUCAGAUGCCAUUUAGAAUGCCAUUAACUUUUAUCAUGGAUGAGAAAAAGUUUGAGAAACAUGCUGACUUAUAUAUUAAGAAAAGUUUGAGAAAAGGACAACCCGCUUUAUUCAGAGAUUUGAAAAGCUUGUACGCUCUUCCUAAAAAGUGUUCAUUUUCAAUUGGAGACGAUUUUGGUGCUAAAUCUCAAUCAAUUUCCUCGUCUACAGCCUCACCUCCCUCUUCAUCCUAUACUAACAAAUAUGUCCAACAACCAAUUUUUAAGAGACAAGUUGUUGAGAAACUUUUUCUUAAAUAUCAUGAUAAUCUUAUCAGGCGUGGUUACUUUGAAUCAGAGGAUUCAAGUGAUGGUCCAGAAGAUGCAACAACUAUUUUAUGGGUUGACUAUUAUUUAGCUCAACAUUUUGAUUACCUAGGAAAUUAUGAGGAUGCAUUGAAAUACAUCAAUAUAGCCCUUAGUCAUACUCCAACAUUAAUAGAGCUUUAUGUGAUUAAAGGUAAAAUUUACAAGCAUGCGGGUAACAUUGAGGAAGCCGUUUCACAUAUGGAGGAAGCUCAAAGUUUGGAUACAGCGGAUCGUUAUCUCAACUCAAAAUGUGCAAAAUACUUACUGAGAGCUGAUCGUAUUCGUGAAGCGGAAGAGAUGUGUUCAAAAUUCACCCGUGAAGGUGUAAGUGCAAGUGAUAACCUGAAUGAAAUGCAGUGUAUGUGGUAUCAGAAUGAAGCAGCCAAAUCACACCAGCGACUUGGUAAAUGGGGAGAAUCAUUGAAAAAGUGUAUAGAAAUUGACAGACAUUUCGCUGAGAUAACUGAAGAUCAAUUUGAUUUCCAUACUUAUUGUAUGAGAAAAAUGACUUUACGUUCAUAUGUUGGAUUAUUGAAAUUGGAAGAUGUCUUGAAAAGUCAUGCAUUUUAUUUUGAUGCUGCCAAGACUGCAAUUGAAGUGUAUCUUGGAUUAUAUGAUAAACCAUUGGGAGACGAAGAAGUUGGUGAAAAUAUUAACCCUCAGGGAGUAAGUGCCUCUGAAUACAAGAAGAUGAUGAGUAAACAAAGAAAAGCUAAGAAAAAAGCUGAAGCAAAAAAGGAACAAGGAUCAACAACAAUAUCAUCUACUAACGUAUCUACAACAACAGCAACAACCGAAACAACCACAACCACUACAACUAUAUCAACUUCACCCACUAAUGUUGAUUCGGGAAAUGUUUACACAAAUUCAAGUGAUAACAAUUCUCACCAUCAGAAUCAUGGACAUCCGAACCAUUCUCAAUCACAUUCUCAGUCUCAGAAUUCAAAUUCUUCUGUAGCUGUGGUAAAUUCAGGAGAAAAAUCUGAUGGAAACAAUUCAUCCAGUAAUCCCGGAAAAGAGUCUACUGGAAAUGAGAUGUUCAAUGAGAAAUUAAUUCCAAGUAAAUUGGAGAGACCUGACGAUCCCUUAGAAGAGGCAAUUAAAUUCUUGAAACCUUUACAAAUGUUGGAUUCGAAUCGUAUAUCAACACAUUUGAUGGCUUUUGAGAUCUACUAUCGACAAGAGAAAGUGAUGUUAAUGCUUCAAAGCCUAAAGAGAGCAGUUAAAUUAAAUCCAAAUGAUCCAAUUGUACAUAGACAACUGGCUUUGUUCUACGAUUUUGUAGAGAGAAAUCGAGAAAAACUCAGUCAACCAAUUAGACAAGUUUUGAAAUUGGAAAUGGACAGAAUAUUAAAUUUAAAUACUGAUGAAUUGAAAUCAGCAUUACAGUUGAAUGAGAAACUCUUAGAGACCAACAAAGAUUCAUUGGUGCACCGAUUGGAAAGUCUCAAAGUGAUCGCAAUGUUGAAGCGCGUUGGAAACAAAUCAGAUGAACAGCAAUCACCAAAUGACAGCGAAAACGAUGAUAAUAAGGAAAACAAAUCAAUUGGUAAAUCGAAACCACCAACAAUCAACCAUAGUCAAGAUGAAAAUUACAAGAAUUACCUUAACUCUCUCAAUAUUAAUCUACAAUUUGAUGAUUUAGAGAGACUCACUGAUGUAACCCUAGAAUCAUGUAUUGAUCUUAUAAAAUGUCUUAAAGAAGGCAUAUUGGGAUCGGUUAAUGGAUCAUUAAUUGAAAAUAUUGUUAAUCGAUGUCACAAACUUUUCCCUUAUGCAUCAGCUUUUUUACCAAUCAAUCCAAGUGAACAAUCAACCAGUUUGAUUCAAUCCUCUGGUGCUGCUAAUUCAAGUCAAUCCGAAUCUUCCUCAAUUGUCCCUGAUUUGUCGCUCAAUCAAUGAAUCCCACCAAUUCAGUUGAUUAAAUUAAAGUCAACACUUUGUAUCUUCUAUCUUAAUCAUAUUGAAUUGAUAUAUCUUGAAAAUUAUAGAAAUAAACAGCAAACAUUUCUAAAUGUUUA